AUGGUUGUCGAUACCACGGCUAAGGGAUCGGUGACUACUUCUCUUGUGUGUCUAAAGUCUCCCGUGUCAAUUUUCGAUAGAGACUUUCUUGUUUAUUUUGUUUGCUUGCCGUUGAGAGGUGUGGAUGUGAUUUUGGGGAUGAACUGGUUAGGGCAUAACCAUGUCCACAUUAAUUGUUUUGAUAAGUCUGUGAGGUUUUCUUCUCCUGAAGAGGAAAGCUUAGAGUUGUUAUCGUCCAAACAGUUGCGUUUUUUGAUGAAAGAAGAUGUUCAAGUGUUCGCAUUGGUUGCUUCGAUGUCUGUUGAGGAUCAGGCUGUAAUAGAAAGGUUGAAGGUGGUAUGUGAAUUUCCUGAAGUUUUCCUUGAUGAAAUUCCCAUUGUGCCGCCUGAGAGAGAAGUUGAGUUCUCUAUUGAUCUUAUACCUGCGGCACUUGUUAAUAAUCAUGUUCAAUUAUUAACUGUAGCGUCACCUGUUUUGGUGAUUAGUUCUUGUGAGCUAUUCAGUACCGUGUGA